CCCAGGACAUCAUCAUCGUCAUCAUCAUUUCGAAAUGCAGCUACCCGUUGGUCGACGUCGGAUGAUCAGAAAACGCUUUUAAGGACCAGCACUUACAGUGGCAGUGGAGGUCAGACGCGCAACAAAUCAUCGACUUCAAGAACUCCAAUGAGGACUCCAGUAAGAACACCAAAAUCAAUGACAACUACAACAUCAGAAAGUGACGCUACUUGUAUCGUUGCAAUCUGUGAGGGUCGUGGCUAUGCUCGAGGAGAAGUGGGGAUUGCUGCAAUUGAUGUUCGACAUCCUCAUCUGGUCCUCUGUCAAAUAAGUGACAGUCAGAGUUAUGUCAGUACACUCACAAAAGUGAAUAUAUUCAAUCCUGUUGAAAUACUGGUCCCUCACACAUUUUGUGAAAAUCAACAAACCAGUAAACUCUUUUCAAGCAUAAAUGAAAUGUUUCCUACAGUAACAUUAACAUCUGUGCAGAGGAGGCACUUUAAUGAAACUAGUGGUCUAACGCAGGUUCAGCAUCUUUGUGCAACAGAGUUUGCUUCAGUUGAACUGUUGGUACAACACAAAUUUUAUGCAUUAGCAUCAGCAGCAGCACUGCUGAAAUAUGUGGAGUAUAUGCAGAACAUGAUAUUUGCUGCUAGAUCACUGAAGAUUGAGUACCAAGGAUCUAAAGACACCACACAGAUAGAUGUUCAUACUUCAAACCGCUUGGAAUUAGUAAGAAGUUUGCGUGGAUGUGGAGCUCAUCACAGUCUUAUAGGCAUACUAAAUCAUUGUCAUACUGGCUGUGGGAGUAGGUUAUUGCGAGCCUCCAUUCUGCAACCACCCUUUCUUCUUCCGACAAUUACAACCCGCCUGGAGGCUGUGAAAGAGAUUGUUGAAACACCUGAUCUUCUCAAUAGUUUGCAGGUAACCCUACCAAAAUUUUCUGACAUUGAUAAAUUGCUGUUGAUCUGCAUGCAUGUUCCACAGCAAGAUAGCCUGAAAGCAGCAGAACUACAGCUAAAUUAUGCCUUAAUGCUGAAAACUAUUUUGGAAUUGUUACCUGCUCUUAGUGAUAUACUGGAAAACUGUACUUCAGGAUUUCUGUACUCUGUGCGAGAGGUUAUUAAAGAACCUUCUUAUUCAAAAAUUUUGAAAAGACUUCUGGAUACAUUGCAUGAAGAUGCUCAUGCUGUAAAAGGAUUUACAGCAUGUCAGAUGCAAAGAAGCUUUGCAGUUAAACCUCAAGUAAACAUUCUACUUGAUGUGGCUCGGAAAACAUAUUGUGAAGUUAUUGAUGAUAUUACAAGAUUAGUGAAAGAUCUUGCAGAAGAACACAACUUACCACUGAGAGUUAAUCUUAAUUCCACUAGGGGCUUUCACAUUCAAAUGCCAGUUGGGAAGAAACAGAAAUUUAAUCAGACAGAUCUUCCACCAGUUUUCAUUCAGGUUCAAAGAAACAGAUCAACAUUUUGCUUUACAACAGAGCUUUUAAUACAGGCUGAUGAAAGAUGCAAAGAAGCUUUUCAUGAAAUUCAGAUGCUAAGCAAUGUAGUGAUUCUUGAUCUACUAAAUGAAAUUCGGGAAGAAGUUGGAUGUCUUUAUAAAUUAUGUGAAAAAAUUUCUGAACUUGACAUGCUCACAUCAUUUGCUAAACUAAGUGCUCUGCCAAGUUACAUUUGUCCGCAGUUUGGAGAUAGAUUAGAUGUCAAGAGCUCAAGACAUCCUAUAUUGGAUUUCAUUAAUCCAACUGAGCCAGUCCCUAAUGACAUUUUUGCCACAGCAGAUAAAAAUUUUCAAAUUGUAACUGGACCAAAUAUGAGUGGAAAAACCAUUUAUCUUCGACAGAUUGUUUUACUGCAAAUAAUGGCGCAGAUAGGUUGCUAUGUUCCGGCUGCAAAUGCAAUGUUUCGAAUUGCUGACAGAAUUUAUGCCAGAAUAGGAUUUGAUGAUAGCAUUGAGUGCAAUGCUUCCACUUUUGUUCUUGAGACACCACCUAUAAGUGACGACCACGACAUGAAUGGUGAGGCAACAAAAAAAAAAACCUCCAAUGUAAUUAUCAGCAAAUUGUCCAAUGUGGAAUCUGCUGAAAUUCGUCGCAGAUCGUAUUUAAUAAAAAUACUCAAAAGGUUGACAGGAAGGGGACUUGACGGGGGCAAGCCAGUGAGUACUCCAGAAAUCAAUAAGGUGAAAGAGGUGCAAUGCAUUCUUCAAACAAUGACAGAUUCAUCUUUGGUUGUAAUGGAUGAACUAUGUCGAGGCACAUCAUGCGAAGAGGGCACUGCUAUGGCAUGGGCAUUGUGUGAAGAUUUUCUGUGUACAAAAACAUUUGCUUUUCUGACAACACACUUUAUGUUUCUUACUAAUCUUGAAAAAUCACAUACCAAUGUAGUGAACCACCACUUUGAAACACUGGAAGUGAACAAGAAUGGCAAAAUUUACUUGAAAUAUACUCAUCAUCUACUACAAGGCGUCACAAAUGUCAAACAUUAUGGACUGCACCUUGCUCAGACAUUGUGUAUGCCAGAUUCUGUAGUAGAACGAGGACUGGAAAUAGCUCAGCAUAUAGCUGAGCAGAAAAUAGGACCUGAGCUGGAAGACUGUAGCUCAAUUACAGCUGCAGCUUGUGAGCUUGUAGAUGAACUGCUGUCCCUUAAAGAAUCAAGUAAGCUGACACCUGACAAAUGUAAAAAUCUGAAGGAAAAGUACCAGUUUCUACAAAGUCAGCUCCCAGAACAUUUUCUACAGCAAACCCCAGCUAAAAUACAUACAUCGAAACGUGAUGAUUCAGGUAUCGGAGUACUGUCAACUGUUGAUGAAGUUUGUGCUGGUGUCCUCUCUGAUAUUAUUAUGGCUAUAACAAAAGAAAAUGAAUCAGAAAUGAUUCUUUAAAAGUCCUCCCAUAAAGGAAUGUCAAUGAAUGUAAAUGCUAUACCACUUACAAAAAUAUUUAUUGACAAUGGGAAAAGAGUUGCAAAGCAUCACUGAAGAUUGAAUUAUAUCAUAAUCAGUGUUAACUCAUAAGACUAAUGAAUCACAUGUAGAAUUUUUAAAAAUAAUCUUAAUAACAUUAAAUACUCUUUUUAUUUAUUAAAAAUAAUGAAUUUGUCAAUAAAGGAAAUUUAUUUUAUG